UCUUGAAAGGUUAAAUUAUCUGGCUAUAUUGUGGUUAGUUGAAUGUCAAUAUGGCGGCCCACAUGACUUUUUGCAGAUAUGGAUACAUAUAUAAAUCAUCUUCAGUUUUUAGACAUAAUUUAACACAGAACACACGAAAAAAUAUUUGUCAUCCAGUGAGUUACGGAAAAUUUUUUAGAGAGUCCUUUCACACUGUGAAGAAUGUUACAAGACGGAGAUCUGUAUUAUCAAGUAAUGUGUUAUAUUGUCCUCAUAAUAGUGCACCACUUGUUACAAGUCUCAUACGGUUUAAUAGCUCCACUGCAAAUAAUCAAGUGAUCGAUACUUCAAACUUCAUUAAUCCACCAUCAGAUUAUAUCCCACCAGUACCGAUUCCUGAGACUACAGAAUUAAUACAGACAUUGAAUGCUCUUGGAGAACCAUCACUCCAGUCAUUAGGUCUAGGGGGUCACUGGCCCUCAGGACUGGUUCAACAGGGGCUAGAACUAUUACAUGCUGGUUUAGGUCUUCCUUGGUGGGGAUCCAUUGUCAUUGGAACUAUUAUUGUUCGAACAUGUAUGUUUCCUAUUGUGAUCAAAGCUCAGAAAAUGUCCAUUAACAUGAUGAAUCAUAUGCCUACAGUACAGAGGCUACAGUUAAAAUUUUCUCAAGCAAGACAAAGAGGAAAUAUGCUUGAAGCUAUGAAGUACGGAGGAGAACUUGCAGACUACAUGAAGAGAAACAAUGUCAAACCUUUUGGUCAGUUGAUGAUGCCAAUGCUGCAGUUACCUGUGUUUCUCUCCGUGUUUGUUGGCUUACGAGCUAUGGCCAAUUUACCUGUAGAGAGUAUGAAGACAGGGGGGUGUCUGUGGUUUCCCGAUUUGACUGUCCCUGAACCAAUCUAUGGUCUGCCCUUGUUGACAGCCAUAACUUUCUGGCUUACGGUUGAGGCUGGUGUCGAUGGCAUGUCUGCUCAAACCCAGGCUCAUGUCAUGAAGUGGUUUUUGAGGGCCAUGCCUGUUGUUAUGCUACCCAUUAUCAUGAAUUUCCCCACCGCCAUGUUGGUGUACUGGUUUACUUCUAACUCCUUCUCACUGAUGCAAGUUAUGUUCUUAAAAAUUCCUAAAGUCAGGACAUAUUUCAAUAUCCCAGAGAGAGUUAUCCAUCCAGAAAUAGUGGCAGAAAAGAAAGGAUUUAUAGAAGGAUUCAGAGAAUCUUAUGGUAACAUGAAGGCCACACAGCAAGUUUUAGAAAGACAGAGACUGGAUGAACUCAGUUUCCGUAAGGCUGCACAAGGUCCAAUUACAAAGACAUAUCCCUACAACCCAAAGAAAGUGGGAGCAGGCUUAGACAAAAAAUCUUAGGUUAUAGAGAUUGUUAGAUAAUGUACAAAUGUAUUGAAAGCAUUUCUAUAAAAUAUUUGUGACUUCUUUGUAUUGUAAAUAAAAUCAACAUUUAAUGAAAACAAA